AUGGCCACAGAGCAGCCCCGCCCAUAUGCGGCGAAUGAACUCGCUGCUCAUCCUGCAAUGCUGCGAGCCUAUAACCCAGCAUCCCGUCCGACACCCUUCGGCUUCCUCGACCUUCCACCAGAAAUCCGCCUGCACAUCUACUUUCACAUCCUUCCUCGCGGCGAAACAAUCGCGGUGAAUGGGGACAUCCACCUCCGGACGCACCCGCACCAGGAUUGGUGCAGGAACUUUCGUGACAACCACGUAUUCACGUUGUCGAUACAGAUCGAGCAGGAAUGUCUGGAUGUUCUCUACAGCCAGAACACCUUUCAACUCAAGCUGAGCCAUGUACAUUGCAGUAAUCGCUGGGUCCGUUUCCCGGAGCCGGACCUACUCAGAAUACGACAUCUGAGGCUGGUUGAUGUUGAUGUGACAUUUUUUGAAGCAGAGAAACCUCGAUAUCACCACCAGGCAUGGGAUUCAAUCUUGUCAAAUCUCAGGACGCUCAAGCUCGCUUUUAGGCAGCCCCGGCCGAGUCUCUUACCGGAUCGUGGUUUGUUCACCUUCAUCCAUGAUCCUGCCAGACAGGGGGAGGUGAGAAUGUGGAGGGAGAUGAUGAUAUUAUGGUUUGAACUCCUCGUACCUUGGCUUGACUGGUUUGGGGAGUUUGUGGGGGCUGAAACAGUGGUGAUUGCCGAGGAAUGCUGCGGAGAUGAGACGAGAAGGCUCAUCAAGAAAUACAUGCCGGCCUGCCAGGAUUGUUAUGCAUCCAACUAUUGA